CGGCGCUCCGCCCGCCGCCGGCACAGUCCGUGCGGAGCCGAGCCGUGCUGUCCUGUGCCCUGUCGGGGAUGAUGAGUGCGUGAGAGCCGUAAAGCAGCGUCUGGGGCCGGGAGCACCUGCCGCUUCCAGGGCAAGAUGCCACAGACACCUCCCUUUGCAGCCAUGUUUGACAGCAGCAGCUACAACAGGAACCUGUAUCAGUCAAAAGAGGACAACUGUGGAGGGCUCUAUUACCAUGACAACAAUCUCCUGUCGGGGUCUCUGGAAGCUCUGAUCCAGCACCUGGUACCCAACGUGGAUUACUAUCCUGAUAGGACGUACAUCUUCACCUUCCUGCUCAGCUCCCGCCUCUUCAUGCACCCGUAUGAGCUCAUGGCCAAGGUCUGCCAGCUGUGCACUGAGCAGCAGAGGCUCAGCGAGCCUGGCCUGGACAAGAACUGGACCCAGAAAAUUGCACCAAAAAUCCUGCAGUUGUUGACUGAGUGGACAGAGACUUUUCCUUAUGAUUUCCGAGAUGAAAGAAUGAUGAGGAACUUAAAGGAGCUGGCACAAAGAAUAGCCAGUGGGGAUGAGAUGUACAGGAAGAGCGUGCAGCAGCUUCUCCAGACCCUGCUCCGCAAGCUGGCCGCCGUGACCCAGUACGAGGAGGUGCUGGCCAAAAUCGAUGCCUCCACAUCCACAGAUCGCCUCACACUCCUGAAAACCAAGCCCCAGUCCGUGCAGAGGGACAUAAUCACGGUCUGCAAUGAUCCCUAUGUGUUAGCUCAGCAGCUGACACACAUAGAGCUCGAGAGACUCAAUUAUAUUGGACCAGAGGAAUUUAUCCAGGCGUUUGUGCAAAAGGAUCCUUUGAAUAAUGACAAGAGCUGCUAUGGGGAGCGAAAGAAGACUCGGAAUCUUGAAGCCUAUGUGGAGUGGUUUAACAGGCUCAGUUACUUGGUUGCAACAGAAAUCUGCAUGCCUGUGAAGAAGAAGCACAGAGCAAGAGUGAUAGAAUAUUUCAUCGAUGUGGCACGGGAAUGUUUCAACAUUGGCAACUUCAACUCCUUAAUGGCUAUUAUUUCUGGCAUGAACAUGAGUCCCGUGUCUCGAUUAAAGAAAACCUGGGCAAAAGUGAAGACAGCCAAAUUUGAUAUUCUUGAGCAUCAGAUGGACCCUUCCAGCAAUUUUUACAAUUACCGAACUGCCCUGCGCGGAGCGACUCAGAGGUCCCUGACAGCUCACAGCAACAGAGAGAAGAUCGUGAUACCUUUCUUCAGCCUCUUGGUCAAAGAUAUUUACUUCCUCAACGAGGGUUGUGCCAAUCGCCUUCCCAAUGGCCACGUCAAUUUUGAGAAAUUUUGGGAACUGGCAAAACAAGUCAGUGAAUUUAUGACAUGGAAGCAAGUGGAGUGUCCUUUUGAAAGGGAUUGGAAGAUUCUGCAGUACUUGCUCUCUGUCCCAGUCUUCAGUGAUGAUGCACUUUACUUGGCUUCCUAUGAAAGUGAAGGUCCUGAGAACCACAUUGAAAAGGACAGAUGGAAGACGCUAAGGUCAGCGCUUCUGGGCAGAGUCUAGAGCACACCCUGUCUGCUGUUGCUGUGUUACACGGAUUGCCAAGGGCCAUGGCUUGGUUUACUUUUCUGUGCGCUGAGUGGCACUCAGAAUGAUGAAAGAUGUGCAGUCAGUUGCAAUAUUGUGGCAGCAAAGAUGAAAGAAGUUAAUUCAAGAACAAACAGGCGACUUCACCCAUCUGACAGAUGAGAUAAAAUCACAGCCUACUCAUCUGGGAUUCAGGCUGAAGUAUUGAUUGAGAAUCCUUUGAAGAUCUCAGAUGCUGCCUAUGAAUCAUUUCACACCUGGAUGGAAUAUUCUUUCCUUUCCUUUUGCUGCAGCUUGCUGCUGCAAGGACUCUGCAGAGCUGCUAGAAGGACUCACAGGAGGCUACAGAGGGGAAAUGUUCACUGUUCCUUUCAGUGAAACCCAAGUCUGCAUUGAAGAGCUCUCAUUCCUAAUAAGCUGAAUAUAUCCCAGAAGUUUGGGAUUGCUAAGAAGGGAAAGGACUGGACAAAAGAAUUGGCUGCUGAGGAGAAUUUCUCCCUACCACUGUAAUGGUGGCUGGGUUUUUUGUCUUUUUCCAAUGUGUUUUUGAGUUGGCUGCUGGCAGGCAAACUCAUUAUUAUUUUAAGUUAUUUAAAAAAUAUAAAGUAAUAAAAAUCUAAGCUGUGGUAGAAAA